UCCAGCGUGCCGGGAAAGCCAGAAGGAGCUGAAAUGCCCUCAGGCAGCAGAAGGAGAGGAACUUUGUUCGUCUUGCUCGAAAUGCCUGCUCAGGCAGCUGCACGCUACUUGCUGUCCUUGGUGAGCAAGAGCUUAUGCCAGCCCUAACCCCAGGAGAGAUUUCUCCGAGCAGAGCAGGAGGGAGUGAAAGAGCUGCGGAGAGAUGAGGCUUGGGGCAUUUUCUGCUGGCAGCCCUGGCAGGCAUGGCUGUCAUGGACCAUCCCAUGCAUGGUAUGCAUGAGGUAUGCACUGGAUACCAAGGCUGUCAGUUCUGCCUGAUGGCAGGAAUGGAAGGAUCAGGUAGAACAGCUUGCUACAUCAGUACACCUAAGCCUUAGAUACAUACAGACUGGAAAAACAUACCCCAGGCUUGCUGACCCGUGAGCUUAAGUUGAAAGGCUGUGCCUGGCAGGCAUCAGCAUGGCUGUUUAUAAUCACAAGAGAACAAGCACUCAUUGUUAAGUGUUGUGGCAUGCUUACUUCUGGAGGGGAGUGCCAAGCUGUAUUUUUUUUCCCUUUGAACAUCAGUCAUAUUCACUGCACAGUAUUUGAUCACAUGCAGAACCAGCAGAUCUUGAUGAAAAAAACAACCCCAGAAUUCAGCAUGCCAGAAACUUCUGUGAAAAGCAGCACACCAGACAUGCACAGCCUGCCACCCUAAUUUCAGCUGGUGGCUGGAGAUGGUGGACCACCUUGCCAACACCGAGAUCAACAGCCAGCGCAUCGCUGCUGUGGAAAGCUGCUUCGGGGCUUCUGGCCAGCCCCUGGCCUUGCCGGGCAGGGUCCUGCUGGGAGAAGGGAUUUUAACCAAAGAAUGCCGCAAGAAACCAAAGCCUCGCAUAUUCUUCCUUUUCAACGACAUCCUCGUCUACGGCAGCAUAAUCAUCAACAAAAGGAAGUACAACUCCCAGCACAUCAUCCCCCUGGAAGACGUCACCCUGGAGACGCUGCCGGACACCUUGCAGAUGAAGAACCGCUGGAUGAUUAAAACCUCCAAGAAGUCCUUUGUGGUUUCGGCGGCCUCGCUGACGGAGAGGAAGGAGUGGAUCAGCCACCUGGAGGAGUGCAUCAGGCACCUGCUGAGCAAGACGGGCCGGCAGCCGUGCCGGGAGCCCGCGGCGCCCUGGAUCCCCGACAGGGCCACGGACAUCUGCAUGCGCUGCACGCACACCAAGUUCUCGGCGCUGACCCGCCGGCACCACUGCCGCAAGUGCGGCUUCGUGGUGUGCGCCGACUGCUCCCGCCACCGCUUCCUCAUGCCCCGCCUGUCCCCCAAGCCCCUCCGCGUCUGCAGCCUGUGCUACCGGCAGCUGCUGGCCCAGGAGAAGAAGGGGGCCGGGGAUGGAGGCGGGCAGGAGCCCCUCGGCGCCGCCCAGGGCUACGAGCCCUCCAGCGACGACAGCGACAGGUCUGACGAGGACAAAGCUGAGCAGUGGCCAGCGGACGCAGAGUUCUAUUCCUCAGAAGUAUCCUGGUCGUCCUUCCACAGCUGACCUCCCUGGGAGCUGGGGUGUUCAGGCACUGGGAGCCCACCCCUGGCCUUGUCCAUGCUUUCUCUGGAGGCCGUGCCUGGGGAGGUGGAUCUUGGCCCCUGCCCGUGGUGUCAGAGCAGGGGUGAGGUUACCCCUCUGAGAAUGUCUCAAACAUGAGCACAGAGAGAACAGCUCAGUGAAGAGAGAGCACUGAGGACUGGGACAGCGCCCUGUAGAUCAGCCUUGGCCAAAUGAGCUCACCUUUGGUGCCUUAUUCUUCCUCUCUGCUGAAACACAGCAAUCUGAACUUCUUGUUUGAAGUGUUUUGAGAUUGGCUCUUGGGAGAAAAAGGAGCAAGAAAUCCCAGAGCUGAACACACUUGCCUGCUCCUCUGUCAGGGCAAGGACCGCUCUGGCUGCCACUUCCCACGAGCAUUCUGAGAUUCUCACUGCGAGCGUGCCAGCCUGAGGGAGCAGCUGCUCAUCCCUGCACAGGGGGGCCAGCACUGGCUGUGUCUGCACCUGCACCUCUCAAGGCUGCAGACACUGAGGGAAUGGUGCUUGGAGUGCAGGGAGCUUGUGGGAGGCUCAGUGUGAGCAGCCCUAGCAAAGCACUGGAGCAUCCAGCUCUCUCACAUGGAAAGAGGCCAUGCCAGUGGUACGGGGCCAGGAGGGGGAAGGGACAGGGAAAAUGACUGAGCAGUGAUUACAGAGGGAGGGAGGGAGGGAGGUACUGCAGUUCACUCAGUUAAGUUCAGAGCCCAGAUCUCAAACACAGCAGUUAUACCAGAUUACUAGAAACUUGAAAAACUCAAGCCUAUCAGGUAAAAGGACAGCCCAGGGAAGACUUAUUAAAAUGCUUUAAAAAUCCAGGAAAAAAAACCCCAAAUUAAGAUCCUGUGAAGUACAGCACUUCCCCUUCCCUCCUAGGCUGCUGCCUAGGCAUCAGAUUCUCACUUGUGGGCUCACCUCCUGCCUUAUCAGUCCCACAAGUCCAAAGUUAAGGUAAUUUAUGUACUUCAAGGAUGGGAGCCAAAGACUUCACUUGAGAUCAACUCUAAAUUUCAAAUUCAGUUAGAAAUAAACUGUGUUUAUUCAAGUAUUCUAUCAUCAUGUAGCGUGGGAGUAAAUAUAGAGGAAAUCAGACAACAGCAAUUGUUUUGCAGCUGACAUUUCUACAAACUCCAUUAUUACUUUUAGUAUAUUUUUAUACUGUGUAUUUUGUGGUCUGGAAAAGCAACAUGGCUGGAAAUACACUGCCAAUCUUCUAAAAUGUUUCCUUACCAUGACCUGUUACAAGCAGUGCCUUGCUUGACAGAUGGCCAUGUGUUUUUUUAAAUUUCAGUUCAAGAUAAUUAUUCUUACUGUCUUUUAUAAACUGCUACUGUUCCAGUCAAUUUGUAUCACUUGACUGUGUGUGAAUAAAGAUAUGGCCAACAGGAAGGAGCCAGGAAAGCA